ACGUAAGCAUGCAACUUAGGCCUGAAUUUACAUCAAAUUGUCAUUUGUGCUCAUCUGAGAUUAAUGAUUUGCAUACAGGAACCUCUAGCCAAAGUCGGAGUUAGAUAUGAUGUUUUUAGUGCCUUCACUACUACACGCUGCCAGUCCAAAUAUAUUGGAUUUCAUUUGUACUUAGGGGCACCUCCAUCAUUAAUGUCUUCCCCGACUACAGUCGAGCCUUCCGUCCAAAGAGGUGAAGAGGCCGCUACCCGGCUCCAAGCUACCAAGACCUCCACGUUAGACCAUACCAUUUAUCGUACCGAUACGAGCCUGUCAUCCCACCAUGAGCCAACCCCGGAUGCUAUACCGUACUUGAUCCAAAGCCGAGGAACUCAUUCGUUCAGUUUGGCGCUCUUCGUACCCACGCCGAUCCUUGCGCCGGCGAGAGGAUUUUGUAACCAGCACCAUUGCCGGCUUCACAUAGUUAGCUUUUAUUCUUUUGACGUCGCCGCCAACGCCACUGGAGCUCCGAGCUUCUUCACCAAAAUCGAAUCAUUGGGACCUGUAGCGCCUUUAGCAUAGAAACCUCAUCUCAUUAAUUAUUACGGCAUUUCCUGGUGACUACUAGAUAUUGUCAAAUAUUCCCCUCUCACAUCGCGUCAUUCACGAUCAAUCCAGCCUGUUCCUGUUCCCUCCUUAUCGCACCAUCUUAGACAUCUUGCUCGCACUAACGCCAUGAUAUGGGAGGCCCCUCUCUCUCUCUCUCUCUCUCUCUCUCUCUCUCUCUCUCUCUCUCUCUCUCUCUCUCUCUCUCUCUCUCCUGGUUCUCGCUAACAAUCAAGUUACUACCAUGUGUCGCAGGCGAGAGGGGGUAACGGGCCUAGGGUUAAAGUGGUUCAAGGGUAAUUUGGAAAUUUCAACGGGUGAGUUUAAUCUGAAACUCAAUUAAAGUCUGUAACUUUC